GAUACUCGUUUAACUGAUACCAAAGUCGUGACAUCAGAUCAAUCGAUGCUAGAAACCAAUCGCACAAUGAGCUUGCACGUUGCGCGUCAAGCUGCUGUUCUGAUAAAAAUCUAAUUGUUUUAAUUGAGUCCUCUUUCAAUGUUCGUUCUCGAGGAAACAAUUAUUCCGUGUACUGUUAAUGUAAAAUGUCGCUGAGACAGUUUUGCGUGGAAUUCGACCGAUCAAGUGCCACGUACGCGGCUGGUGAAACAGUCACGGGAAGAAUUAUAGUAGAUGUUGCUAGGGAAAAAAUUGUUAGAGGGCUGUUUCUCUCCGUGAAGGGUGAGGCUCAUGUUCGCUGGACAGAACAUGAAACGGUCACCAGAAACAAGGAGAGACAUACUCGUACCAUAAUUUUCACCAAUUCGGAGGAAUAUUUCAGCUUCAAAUACAGCAUUCUGGGUAACCAGAAUUCGAGCUCACGAGUGAAAAUUCCUGAAGGACAGCAUACGUAUCAGUUCAGUUUCCAGCUGCCCCAGCACAUUCCCAGCAGUUUUGAGCACCAAUACGGUCACGUAAGGUAUACAGUAAAAGCUGUGAUCGACAGACCAUGGAAGUUCGAUCACCAGAGCAAGCGCGCGUUCACGGUGGUCACCAUAUUGGAUUUGAACGCGCACCGUGAAAUAUGCCUGGGGAUCGACGAUGAAAUUCAAAAAGAAUUUCACCUCUGCUGUUGCCUGUUCAGUAAGGGUAAAUUAAAUUCGCAUGUCAGAGUACCAAUAACCGGAUACGUACCGGGACAAACUAUAGAAUCAAUGAUAGACUAUCAAAAUCUGUCACCCAGUGUACAGAUGACCAAGAUCAGCGUGAAGCUGGAACGAGCACUCACGUUUCAUUCCUCCUUCCCGCACCACGAAAAAAAAAGAGAGAACACCGAAAUCAAAUCUACUAGAUUGUUUGGUCCCUUUCCCACCAAUGGACAAAAGAUUAUGGAACUUCUGGUACCACCCAUACCACCAUCUAAUUUGGAAUUUUGCAGUAUCUUAGAUUUGGAAUAUAGAUUGGUUGUUACCAUUCACGUUUCGGGAAUGCACAGCAAAAUCAGCAGAAGUUACCCUAUCUUAAUUGGAACAAUACCACUGUACUCGUUCAUAAGACCAGAUCCCAUAACGAUACCAAUGCCAAUGCCACCUACCGCACCUUUUUCUCCGGCUGACGAACAACUGGAUACUUCUUCGAAGCCUCCACAUUCGGCUCCUGGUUUCGUUCAUCCAAAUCAACCAAGCACUUCUACCAACUGGGACAAUAUACCACCUCCAUCUUAUGAGGAAUGCAUGUCGAGGGCUGACAAUAUUAAAGAUCAAGAUGAGUCGAGUUACGUGAUCGGUGCGAGCGAUCCUUUUGCACCUAAGUAUCCUGUGUUCAAUUAUCCAGUGCCGAAUAUGCCUAGACAAUAAAGGAGAAAGAAGUUUCAAUCAAUGUAAAAAAAUUGUGAAAAUCAACCUCUAUAAUUCUUUAAGCUGCCUUCAUAUUCUUGUCAUUAUUUAUCUUUAUAUUUCCUGUUUAUAAUAUACAGUAUCGAGUAUAGUAGACUGCCCCAGGAAAAAUGGUGAAUAACCCCCCUUCGCCGGGGUAGGGUGGAAACAUCCCCGAACAGAAGGGUUACCGACCUCCCCUGUAGUCUUGGAUUUCCCAAUUCUGGGGUUUUUGGCCCUCGCCACAGACCUUCCGAUCUCCGGACCCCCAUCCUUCCCCUUAGGCAGUCCCGAGGAGACUGAUCCGAGUAGGGGAGAAAGCCCCUUAUAUAUAGACCUGUGGCGGACCACUGCUUGGGUACAAACGCUCGCGCGGGAAAAUUUGAAUUGAUAUUCUUGUUAUUCGCACUUUUCAGUUACAUAUACUAAAUUUUUUUUCCUUGGAAAGCCUACUUUGCUCGAUACUACAUAGUACUCAUAUAUUUACAAAUAAAUGAAUAUUUUUAUUAAUAAAGUUUCAUUGUUUUCUUUUCCUACCGUUAAAAGAAGUAAGGGAGAAGCAACGAUUUUACGAAAAUGGUAUAUAUUUACACAAUUUAUUUCAUAUUUCAACAUCGUCAUAUUGUAAUCAUAAUCAUCAUCGAGUCACGUUAUAAUUAGCAAAAAAAAAAAGGAAAGAGAAAGGGUAACGAAUAUCAUCUCGAAAAGGGAAAACAAAAAGAAUAGAAUUGCAUGAAAAUAGGAGUAUAAAAGGAAUGAGAGAUUCGUCGGUAACAACUUCGGCAACCAAGAGAUUGCAAAUCGGUCGUUCUCAAAAAGUUCAAAUAAAAAAAUAAAAAGAAGAAAAGAUUAAACAAGAAAAAAACAAAACAGGUUUGCGAGAAACGUGUGUCAUUUGUACGCGUUUGUUUAAUGAAAUCGAGAGAAAAACGUGAGGAAGGCUUAUCAACAAGUCGCGAACUUAUCUCGAAUUCAUUACUCAUAUAUAAACAUCUUCUAUUCUAGGUGUAUAUUAGGUGAACUUUACGCUUUAGCAAAUACACACACGGUACGAUUUGCGUUUUAAACCACCAAAUGCCCGAUGAACGUGUCAUUGUAGGAACUGAAAGCAACCAUCUUAAUGUUAAAGGCUGACUUAAAUACUGUCAAUAGACACGGAUCUUCACUUUUCUUUUGUUUCUUUUCUUUUUUCCCAUGCAACUUAUUGUCGGAUGUCUGUGCAAGAUUUACUUUCUGCUGUACCAUUUGUUUGGGGAUAAAUAAACGAGUAAAAAUUGAUAAUGUGCGGCUGGUUAACGAGGACAAUAAAAAUUCAGUUUCAAUUCUGUCUUUAAUGUUAACGUUUGUUGCAACUGGUCCCAUUUAGUAUAUUUAUUGUUUUUAGGUGCAACAAUCGUUUGUUAACGCGUUGAAUGCCGGUGAUCGGUAUCACGAAUAUAAUUAAAUAAUUACAAUAAAAAAGAUCAAAAGACAAUUCAAUAUCAUGUAUAUCAGUUUUGUAAAGUAAAAAGUAGAAAAUUAAAGAAAAUUUUUUAAAUGUUUUUAAGUGCGGCGUUCAACGUGUUAUGUGCUGUAAAUUUUACCGAAGUUAAAUCGCUUGUUACAAUCGAUUAUAUACACUGAACGCAAUUAUUCACGGGAACAUCCGACGUUCAAUCUAAAUAAAAUCUAUACGCUACGACAAUUGGUUUACAUCGUUUUGUUUUCCCAACGUGUUUCUGGUGUAACGGAGACAACAAAUGAGUAAUCCUGAACUGGCAUUCGGUGUCGUAGAAGUACUCGUGUUUAUUUAAAAUACGAGUUUAGAAAGAAAAAAAGGUAUUCGUCGCGUCGAAAAAAAUGAUAUGCUUCAUUCUUUUUUUUUUUAUACGAAAUAACAUUGCGUUAAAUUUCAACAAACAGAAGGAUGAACAAAAUAAAACGAAUAGAGCCAAGAAUUGAUUACAAAUAUAUUGAAAGGCGAGAGAAAAAAAAAAAUCUGUGAGUUCCUAAGAAACAAAGUACUGAAUGCAUAAAGUAAUAAAAAAUAAAAUAGAAUAAAAUAAUAUCGAUGAAUUUCCGUGCGAUACAUGUCGAUACAUGUAUUCUUGACUCGAUAAUGUUUCCUGACUUUUCAUUUUCUUUAAAACUCUCUGAUUAUCCUGAUUUUCUUCGGGAGGGGAAAGGAACUGUGCGCUCCGACUUUACAAAAAUUUGCUUCGCUUAUAUUACAAUAACCUUCCCUCGACUUAAGACAUUCAACCCUUAAUAUAUUAUUAUCAUAAAUAAAUUUGGUCUAUCGGUAAUAUUGUGAAUACGCCGGUACAAAUACUGGCAGUAUUUGGUUAAGUAAGAAAUCAUGAUCACUAGAAGAGGUAACCGGUACCGAAUGGAUGUUAUCUGUUAGGAAUUUGAAAUAUUCGGUGUUGAGAAACGACACGAUUCAUCAAUCCACGUACACGCAAUUGUUUUUCAAUCCUUUAUCAAACAACAAAAGAAUCAUUCGCAUAGAAGUUUUUAUGCGGAGAAGAAAAUAUAACGAUCACCGCCCCCCAAAUUUUGUUUCCCUCUUCAAACUACAUCAUACAUACACGAAUAUCAUUUUCAUAUUUUCGGUAGUCUGAAAAAUAACUGCAUGUGUAAUAAAAGAGAGCGAUAUACGACACGCAUGUUACAACUUCCAGUAAACUUGAUUUAACAUUAUUCAAUGGGAUAAUCGGGGUGAUGAAGAUCUGUUCACGGUUCACGAUUGAAAUUUCUUCCAAGUCGAUACCAGAGAGUGUGUUAACAAAAUCAUACAACUAUGCACGAUGUUGGAAAAAUCUUAAUAAUGUUUCUGCAAAUGUUACGGUAAAAUAGAAUGAUGCUGUAACGUCUACUGAAAAGAAAAUCAUAAGAAAGACCUCGUAAGACUGAAGUAUAGACCGAAGAAAUUUGAAUACCACGUAAACAGAUCUACCGCGGAACCGCCGAUAGGAAAGUAUAGUGAGUCAGUAGAUUCAUUUUAAAAAACAGUAGUUGCAAAAGAUGUCUUUUAGCGUUUCCGUUUGAUUCACAAAACUGUCUUGUGUAUUGUAAACUAUCGUGACCCACUUAUUACUUUUGCAGCACUUUGUUUUAAAAAAAUAAUCAAUGUUGUCGCUACCACAUUAUGGCGCAAUGGGUUCAAGACAAACAUCAACAUUUCAUCUCUACCGUAUUUGUAUACAUACAUUCAAUACAACAUUAACAUUAACUGAGAUUAAGAAAAAGGCAUAAUUUACAUUGUCGCUGUGUGUUGAUCCAAGUCAUGAACCAGAGGACACUGAGUUGUGCACACGUAGCGUGUGUUUUUUUUUUUAUAGUGUGUGGUAUAUGUCUUUACGCAAUCACUUUACAUUAUUACACUUUUCUUUUUUAUCAGUCCGCACACU